AUGCUGCAUCCCCUACCCCACGAACAUCUCCGCGGGGCUCCACUGGUUGAGAUCAUCGGUCUGUCCUGCGGUUACGAAAAACAACGGGUGCUCAACCGUGUGGACCUUCAGAUAAUGAAGGGGGACUUCGUCGGUCUGCUCGGCCCCAGCGGAUCUGGCAAGACCACCUUGCUGCGCUCCAUGCUGGGCGCAGUGAGUGUCUACGAGGGCGAGGUGCUGGUUGAAGGGCGGAGGCCAUCUGAGGGCCGUCCUCGCAUCGGCUAUGUUCCCCAGCUGGAAACCAUCGACUGGAACUUUCCCGUAACGGUCCGCGAAGUCGUAAUGAUGGGUCGGACCAUGGAGAAUCGAUUCUUUCCUUGGUUCCGCAAGGAGGAGAAGGAACUCGCUGACCGGAUGAUGGAGCAACUGGGUAUCCUGCAUCUGGCGGGGCGCCACAUCCGUGAGCUCUCCGGCGGUCAGCAGCAGCGCGCCUUCCUGGCUCGCGCCCUGGUGAGCAGUCCGUCCCUCCUACUCUUGGACGAGCCAACUUCCGGCGUCGAUGUCAAAACACGCGACGAUGUGAUGCACCUGCUUCACGACCUGAACCACGAGGGCGUGACCAUCGUGAUAACCACUCACGAGAUCAACGCGGUGGCCGUUCAUCUCCCUCGCCUGGUAUGCCUGGCCGGACGGGUGCUGGCGGAAGGCACGCCUUACGACGUCAUCACCACCGAAGUGCUGCGCCAGACCUACGGUGCGGAUAUGCCUGUAAUCCACUACGAAGGAAUGCCAAUAGUAGCCGAAAGCCCCCAUCGCUACGGACGCAAUGGCGGUGCCAAUGGCGAUGAAGUUAAUGUGGGGCACAGCCACAGUCAUGCUUGA